AUGGCCGGCGCGGGCUCCCCACCGCGGCCGUGUGACUGCGCCCCGCCGCCGUCGCGGAGCCGCGCGGGGAGCUCCGGGGGCGUCCGGCCGGCCCUGCCUCUCCCGGGCCGGUGGGCGGAGCGCGGCGUGGGCUGCACCCCAGCCGCCCGCCCCCCGCGCGUCCGCCCGCGCGUCUCGCCCCGACUCUUCCUCGCAGCCGGACUUUCCUUUCGGGUUGCGGGACAUCCUCGGCCACUCCUCGCCGCGUCUCCGGCCAAGGAGCUCCGCCCGCGGGGCUCUGCCGGCCGCGGGAGGCGGCGCGGGCCGGCGGUUCGGUUCGGUUCCGAUGGCGCGGGCGCGGGGCUGGGGGAAGGCGUCGCCGCGCGCCCGCCUCGCAGCGCCCCCCGCGGACCUCGACGGAAGCGGGAGCCCCUGAGGAGCCGCGCGCCCGGCCGGAGCCGGCUCGGGACCGGGCGAGGCGGCCCGGAGAUGGGGCGCGGAGGGGCGCUCUGGCCCCGCGCCUGGCUGCUUCUGCUGGCGCUGCUGGCCCUGCCAGGGGACGGCAACGAGGGCAGCAUCGCUGGAAGCUGUCACUGCGAUAAAACAGUCUCUUCUGACCUCGUCACGGCCCAGCUCGUGACACACGUCCGAAAAUACGUGAAAGGCUACCAACUGUGCGCACCGCUCACCUACAGGUUCCAGCUUUAUUCGCAGAGCGUGUGCGGGGGCAGCCGGGACCAGUGGGUCCUGGAGGUGGUGAGCUGCUUGGACCGCGGAGAGUGUGGACAUGCUUAUCGGAAGAAUCCGGUCCAUCAGAAGAUUUUUGCUUCCCCUGGCACUCCGAUUCCUAGGCCCACAGAGGGGCACUCUCCAGAAAGCAGCACUCCUGCCCAGAAGUACCCGCCAUCUGCCUUGCAGUCCAUAACAAAGCCUACCCUUCUUCCAGGAACACACUCCUUGGAUACAAGGCUCACUCACCUCAGUGAAACCAGCACUCCCAUGGUGGGCUAUGGUCUGGAGGCGGGGCAUAGGGCUAUGGAAAACCAGCAAGGUGCUAUUGGGAGUGCAUCAGCAGUGGUGUCAGUGGUGCUAGGGGCGACAGUGGUCAUUGCCAUUGGAGUCUUCUUCUGCAUACGCCGCCAAAGGAGGACGCGACAACUGCAGCAGUACACUCCAGGUGUCAUAGCUUGAGCCUAGAUGUACCUCCAAAGCCUCAUGUAGUCUUAACUAGGGCUCUUGGAGGUGGCUGGAGCUAGGAUGUGUGAUGCUAGGAUCCCAGGUGUGAGUGACACCUGUGCUAAUGGUGAGUGGCCAGGAUAGGGUCUAAGGGACAGAAAGAGGGUUGCUGUAGUCACUGCUUGUCACUUGCUGCUUGCUGUUUCACGAUUGCUGCCGUCAUGUGAGCUGAAAUAAAGUUUUCCUACUUUA